CAGAAGAAGAGCCCAAGUCUGUCUUGCAUACAGAGUACAAAGUCCAUUAAUACAAAAAAUGGCUACGUUUGUAAGGCACAGCUAAUUCAGCACAAUAAACCUGGGGCAUGUUUUGACCUCCACUACAAGUGUAACUGACAAUGUACCAUGAAUGCUGGCCAGAUGGGGCCCACAGUACAGAUGCGACGUACUAGAUUACCCAGCUUCUCAUCCAUCGCUGUGGGGCCAAUUCCAUGACACAUAGGACAGUAUGAAACACAUCCGAAAAAAAAGAGAGGAAGGAAAGAAACGGAUCUAGUCAAAUCAAAACCGCAGCUGUUUUUCUUCCCAAAAGAAAAUAACCAAAGUUGGUUCCAGGAUCACAGAGAUACUCUCGCUGCGGACUUCCAUAUUUGCAUAUAUAAAGAUUUCAACCAUUAUUGAUUACUGGGGCCAGCCAGAGCUGCUAGCGUUCAUAUAUGUAGCCCAAGAGCCGGCGGCUGCCUCUACCACUUCCUCUCCUUGACACCGCCGAGCUACGCCAAACGCGGUAUCGCCUUCUUCCAGACCCCUCACUCCGCCCUCUUCCUCUGGAUCCCCUCUACAUGAGUAGUAACAAGAGCAACCUGCUCUGCGCCUUGGUGUUGCUAGCUGCGUGUCUCCGCUUGCUCGCCGGAGACCUGCUGAUCGCUGCUCAAAUUGGAAACGGCUUUUUGUGCCAAGAUCCAAUCGGGAGACCACCGAGCAGCCUCAUGUUGAGCCAUGACGAGCUCAACGGCACCAACGCUGCUGCUCCUGCCUUCACCCAAGAGGUCCUCCAUGAAGAGGUGUUGUUGUCAGGUGAUGAUGCGUGCACCGGAGGCGAAGAAGGAGUGCUAUUCGGUGAUGAAUAUGCACGAGAAGAGGUAGAAGAGGGAGAGAUCUUGCCAGUCACCGGUCAGGAGGUUGAUCUCAGCGAUCAAGAUUGGGAAGAACAUGGAAGUGUUGGCGAUGUCCAGUGUCCAGAGUGCGGGAAGUACUUCAAGAACGACAAGUCCAUGUUCGGCCAUCUCCGAAGCCAUCCAAACAGAGGCUACAAAGGUGCGACACCGCCCACCAAGCCGAGUGCGACACCGCCCACCAAGCCGAAGAAGCUACUGCCGAACGACGAUGGAAUUGCAUCGCCGGUUGACAAGGUCAGGUAUAGCCAGCGCGAUCCCAAUCUAAACUCGUACGAGGUACUGGCGGCCUAUGUGAUGCUCACGCUCAAGUCCUCCGACGAUCAGGCAGCUCCGGUAGCACCAGAUAAUAAGAGGAAGUACGAAUCAGGUGAACUAGAUGUACCUGAAGAGGAAUUAGUGAUGAGCAAGGGUGGAGCAGAUGUGAUGCUCAGCAACCAUUAUGGCAGUUCAGCUGCUGACAAGCCGGGAGAUGACGCGGUGCGCCGCAAUAACCAUGACAGUGCUGUUGCCGUGUUGGCAGGAUCUGAUAUGGUGCUCCGCGACGAGCAUGCCAGUUCCGUUGCAGGGAUGAACGCAGUGCUUCACAAUGAACAUGGAAGCUCCUCCGUCGCAGAGGUCCCAAGGAAGGCGUGGAGGAAGAAAUCCAAAGAAGGAAGAGAGGGGCAUAGGAAGGAAAAGGGUGUGCGAAGUCCCAAGGAGAAGCGUCCUUACAUCUGCAAGCAUUGCCCAGCAGAGUUCCCAAGCCAUCAGGCUUUGGGAGGGCAUAUGGCUGCACACAACAAGGAAAAGAGGAUCCAGGCCCAGAUUGAGCAAGCAGCAGAUGAGGCACAUCUGGGCAAGGUAGAGCAGAGCCUCAACAGGCAGGAAGCCAAUUGCGGCAGCGACGAAAGCAGGCGAGCUAGUCUGCCACUGUCCACCAGAGAACUGCUCAUGGAACGCUACAACACGUUAUUCCAAGAAGGCUGGCAAUCCAGGCAAGGCUACGUGAGACAACACAUUGACAGCAAGGAUGGCGAUUCUCCAAUGAUAGCGCCGCUGGUCAUUGCUAGGGAUAGGCACAGGCUAUUAGACAUUGACCUCAAUGUCGAGGCUCCUGAGAAGGAAUAGAACACGCAUCUUUUGCGUGUUUUAGGACAAAAUCAGAAAUAAAUGCUAGCAUGCUGUAAGCAAGCAAAUUACCAUGUAUCUUGAGAGAAGCUUGAACCUGAACAACCAAUAUUUUGUGCUCUCUUUAAAGCUAUACUUGCCAACUAUACCAGGACAUAAUACUACAUCAUGGCAUGUGGCCAAGGUCUAAACGAGCUAAGUUCGCUGCAGCUACGGAUGCAAGCUGGAUCCCGUUUCUAAGUCAAUUCUAAA